GGACAUCAAAGCCAUAUAUAUAGAGGCAGAGAGCUGAGUGCUGUACUGUAUGAUCCCUGCUCUCCGCUGAUACACACCUCGCAGUUUCAGGUUUUAAAAAAACAACAUUCAAGAUGUCUGACCUCAUGCAAGCCAUCAACACCCUCGUAGACAUCUUCGAGAAGUAUUCCAAGAACCUCUGUCAUGGUCAGAACCUGAAACCUGCAGAAAUGGAGCAGCUCAUACAGGUGGAGCUGUCUGAGGCCAUCAAAAACUCGGGGGACGCAGAGACCAUCGGCCUCGUUCUCAAAGCUGUGGACAGAAACCGUGACGGUGAAAUCAGCUUUAAAGAAUACAUCACGUUGGUGUGUGUGGUCGCCAAGGCCUACUACAAGCAUCUGGGCAAAGCCAGGAGCUCGCUGCCUUGUAUUGCGCAACAGCAAGCUUCUGCCAAUCAGCAACUAACAGCUGGCGGUCCAACACCACCAACAACAGCUGGCGGUCCACCACCACCACAGCAGCCACCAACUGUCCAAGUUCCAAGUCAAGUAUCUCCACAGCAAGCACUGCCACCAACCGAGGCUCAGGGCCAACAGGGUGCCCCAGCUCAACCACCAGCUCAGGCACCUGGCACAACACCCGUCCAAGGACAGCAAGGAUGGCCAGCUCCACCAGCAGCUCAAGUUCAGCAAGUGCCAACUCAGACCGCUGGCCAUCCAUCUGUUUCUUCAUGGGGAAGCUUACAACCAGUAGCUCCUCAGGUACCUGUACAGGUGCCAGCAACUCAGGUACCUGCCCCACAAGUGCCAGCUGCUCAGGUACCUGCCCCACAAGUGCCAGCUGCUCAGGUACCUGCCCCACAAGUGCCAGCUGCUCAGGUACCUGCCCCACAAGUGCCAGCAACUCAGGUACCUGCCCCACAAGUGCCAGCAGCUCAGGUACCUGCCCCACAAGUGCCAGCUGCUCAGGUCCCCGCACCACAAGUGCCAGCAACUCAGGUACCUGCACCACAAGUGCCAGCUGCUCAGGUCCCAGCACCACACGUGCCAGCUUCUCAGGCUCCUGUAGCACAAUUUCCAUACUAUAGUUAUUGCAACUGGCAAUAUCAAGUACCACAACAGCAAGCUGUAGUUCCUGCACCAGUCCAAGCUCCUCAGGUCCCUGCACCACAAGUGCCAGCUCCUCAGGUACCUGUACAAGUGCCAGCUGCUCAGGUCCCUGCACCACAAGUGCCAGUUUCUCAGGUCCCAGCACCACAAGUGCCAGCUCCUCAGUGGCAAUAUCAAGCACCACAACAGCAAGCUGUAGUUCCUGCACCAGUGCCAGCACCUCAGCUCCCUGCACCACAAGUGCCAGCUCCUCAAGCUCCUGCACCACAAGUGGUAGCACCUCAGGUACCUGCACCACAAGUGCCAGCUGCUCAAGCUGCACCACAAGUGGUUUAUCCUCAGGUCCUUGCUCCCCAGUGGCAAUAUCAAGCACCACAACAGCAAGCUGUAGUUCCUGCACCAGUGCCAGCACCUCAGCUCCCUGCACCACAAGUGCCAGCUGCUCAGGUCCCUGCACCACAAGUGCCAGCUGCUCAGGUCCCUGCACCACAAGUGCCAGCUGCUCAGGUCCCCGCACCACAAGUGCCAGCUGCUCAGGUCCCUGCACCACAAGUGCCAGUAGCUCAGGUCCCCGCACCACAAGUGCCAGUAGCUCAGGUCCCCGCACCACAAGUGCCAGCUGCUCAGGUCCCUGCAGCAACAGUGCAAACUCCUUACAUUCCGGUAGCACAAUUUCCAUACUAUGGUUAUUGCAACUGGCAAUAUCAAGUACCACAACAGCAAGCUGUAGUUCCUGCACCAGUGCCAGCUCCUCAGGUCCCUGCACCACAAGUGCCAGCUCCUCAGCUCCCUGCACAACAAGUGCCAGCUGCUCAGGUCCCCGCACCACAAGUGCCAGCUGCUCAGGUCCCCGCACCACAAGUGCCAGUUGCUCAGGCACCCGCACCACAAGUGCCAGCUGCUCAGGUCCCUGCCCCACAAGUGCCAGUUGCUCAGGCCCCCGCACCACAAGUGCCAGUUGCUCAGGUCUCUGCCCCACAAGUGCCAGUUGCUCAGACCCCCGCACCACAAGUGCCAGCUGCUCAGGCCCCCGCACCACAAGUGCCAGCUGCUCAGGCCCCCGCACCACAAGUGCCAGCUGCUCAGGUCCCUGCCCCACAAGUGCCAGUUGCUCAGGCCCCCGCACCACAAGUGCCAGUUGCUCAGGUCUCUGCCCCACAAGUGCCAGUUGCUCAGACCCCCGCACCACAAGUGCCAGCUGCUCAGGCCCCCGCACCACAAGUGCCAGUUGCUCAGGUCCCUGCCCCACAAGUGCCAGUUGCUCAGGCCCCCGCACCACAAGUGCCAGUAGCUCAGGUCCCUGCCCCACAAGUGCCAGUUGCUCAGGCCCCCGCACCACAAGUGCCAGUUGCUCAGGUCUCUGCCCCACAAGUGCCAGUUGCUCAGACCCCCGCACCACAAGUGCCAGUUGCUCAGGCCCCCGCACCACAAGUGCCAGUAGCUCAGGUCCCUGCCCCACAAGUGCCAGUUGCUCAGGCCCCCGCACCACAAGUGCCAGUUGCUCAGGUCCCUGCACCACAAGUGCCAGUUGCUCAGGUCCCCGCACCACAAGUGCCAGUAGCUCAGGCCCCCGCACCACAAGUGCCAGUUGCUCAGGCCCCCGCACCACAAGUGCCAGUUGCUCAGGCCCCCGCACCACAAGUGCCAGUUGCUCAGGUCCCCGCACCACAAGUGCCAGCUGCUCAGGUCCCCGCACCACAAGUGCCAGUAGCUCAGGCCCCCGCACCACAAGUGCCAGUUGCUCAGGCCCCCGCACCACAAGUGCCAGUUGCUCAGGCCCCCGCACCACAAGUGCCAGUUGCUCAGGUCCCUGCACCACAAGUGCCAGUUGCUCAGGUCCCUGCACCACAAGUGCCAGUUGCUCAGGCCCCCGCACCACAAGUGCCAGUAGCUCAGGUCCCUGCCCCACAAGUGCCAGUUGCUCAGGCCCCCGCACCACAAGUGCCAGUUGCUCAGGCCCCCGCACCACAAGUGCCAGUUGCUCAGGCCCCCGCACCACAAGUGCCAGUUGCUCAGCUCCCUGCACCACAAGUGCCAGCUGCUCAGGUCCCAGCACCACAAGUGCCAGCUCCUCAGGUACCUGCACCACAAGUGCCAGCUGCUCAAGCUGCACCACAAGUGGUUUAUCCUCAGGUCCUUGCUCCCCAGUGGCAAUAUCAAGCACCACAACAGCAAGCUGUAGUUCCUGCACAACAAGUUGUAGCUCCUCAGGCACCCAUACAAGUGCCAGCUCCCCAGGUACCUGCACCACAAGUGCCAGCUCCACAGGUACCUGCACCACAAGUGCCAGGUACUCUGGUACCUGUAGCACAAUUUCCAUACUAUAGUUAUAGCAACUGGCAAUAUCAAGCACCACAACAGCAGGCUGCAGUUCCUGCACCAGUGCCAGCUCCUCAGGCCCCUGCACCACAAGUGCCAACUCCUCAGGUCCCUGCACCACAAGUGCCAGCUCCUCAGGCCCCUGCACCACAAGUUGUAGCUCCUCAGGCCCCUGCACCACAAGCGGUAGCUCCCCAGGUAUCUGCACCACAAGUGCCAGCUGCUCAGCUCCCUGCACCACAAGUGCCAGCUCCUCAGCUCCCUGCACCACAAGUGCCAGCUCCUCAGGCCCCUGCACCACAAGUGCCAGCUCCCCAGGUACCUGCACCACAAGUGCCAGCUGCUCAGCUCCCUGCACCACAAGUGCCAGCUCCUCAAGCUCCUGCACCACAAGUUGUAGCUCCUCAGGCCCCAGCACCACAAGUUGUAGCUUCUCAGGCACCCAUACAAGUGCCAGCUACUCUGGUGCCUGCACCACAAGUGCCAGCUUCUCAGGCUCCUGUAGCACAAUUUCCAUACUAUAGUUAUUGCAACUGGCAAUAUCAAGCACCACAACAGCAAGCUGUAGUUCCUGCACCAGUGCCAGCUCCUCAGGUCCCUGCACCACAAGUGCCAGCUCCUCAGCUCCCUGCACAACAAGUGCCAGCUCCUCAGGCCCCUGCACCACAAGUGCCAGCUCCUCAGCUCCCUGCACCACAAGUGCCAGCUCCUCAGGCUCCUGCACCACAAGUGGUAGCUCCUCAGGUACCUGCACCACAAGUGCCAGCUGCUCAAGCUGCACUACAGGUGGUUUAUCCUCAGGUCCUCGCUCCCCAGUGGCAAUAUCAAGCACCACAACAGCAAGCUGUAGUUCCUGCACAACAAGUGGUAUCUCCUCAGGCACCCGUACAAGUGCCAGCUCCCCAGGUACCUGCACCACAAGUGCCAGCUACUCAGGUCCUUGCACCACAAGUGCCAGCUCCACAGGUACCUGCACCACAAGUGCCAGGUACUCAGGUACCUGUAGCACAAUUUCCAUACUAUAGUUAUAGCAACUGGCAAUAUCAAGCACCACAACAGCAAGCUGCAGUUCCUGCACCAGUGCAAGCUCCUCAGGCCCCUGCACCACAAGUGCCAGCUCCUCAGGCUCCUGCACCACAAGUUGUAGCUCCUCAGGCCCCUGCACCACAAGUGCCAACUCCUCAGGCCCCUGCACCACAAGUGCCAACUCCUCAGGUCCCUACACCACAAGUGCCAGGUCCUCAGGCUCCUGCACCACAAGUGCCAACUCCUCAGGCCCCUGCACCACAAGUGCCAGCUACUCAGGCUUCUGCACCACAAGUUGUAGCUCCUCAGGUCCUUGCUCCCCAGUGGCAAUAUCAAGCACCACAACAGCAAGCUGUAGUUCCUGCACCAGUGCAAGCUCCUCAGCUCCCUGCACCACAAGUGCCAGCUCCUCAGGCUCCUGCACCACAAGGGUUAGCUCCUCAGGUACCUGCACCACAAGUGCCAGCUGCUCAAGCUGCUGCACCACAAGUGGUUGCACCUCAGGUCCUCGCUCCCCAGUGGCAAUAUCAAGCACCACAACAGCAAGCUGUAGUUCCUGCACCAGUGCAAGCUCCUCAGCUCCCUGCAUCACAAGUUGUAGCUCCUCAGGUCCCAGCAUCACAAGUUGUAGCUCCUCAGGCUCCUGCGCCACAAGUGGUAGCUCCUCAGGUACCUGUACAAGUGCCAGCUGCUCAAGCUCCUGCACCACAAGUGGUAGCUCCUCAGGUACCUGUACAAGUGCCAGCUGCUCAAGCUCCUGCACAACAAGUGGUAGCUCCUCAGGUCUCUGCAGCUCAAGUUCCUCAGGAGGAUUUAUUCAUGGUGCCAUAUUCCCGAUGUGAUGGCACUACUGGUUUCGCGCUGUGGACCCCAUUAGGAUUUUACUAUUACUGAAGAAUUACCCCGAAGAAUCAAAUGGUCUGUAACCGGGUCAAUGAAGAAGUACGCCCAAUGAAACGCCAAUGUCUGCCCUGAACUGGAAAUGAGUUCAGUGAAUACGUCUCUCUGUUCUUGUAGUGUGUCUAGAACCUGUAAUAAAAGAUCGCACUCAG